ACUUAAGCCGUGUUUUUAUUAAAAAUGGCUUCGGCUUCAUCCACUUGAUCGCAAGAUUGCCGUUCGUUAAUUUGUAUAUUUUUCUUGUGUUGACUAAUUAAAGCAUCAAAAUCAAAUUAAAAACAGAAAGAUGGAAAAUCCUGCAAUGUCCGUGGAAUUGAUGAAUUCAUCACAGCAAAACUUGAUAAGAGAUUCAAAUGAUUUCAAUGCACGUUAUUUACUGAAGGUCACAAAGAUUAAAUGGAUUAUUCAAAAUUUUAAAGUAACAAAUACAAGAAUAUUUUCACAUGAAUUUAACAUUGAAGGAUAUCCGAAUAAAACAUGUGUUAUUGAACUCAUUAAUUUGAAGAAUUCUUCACAGGAUAGUGAAUUUAGGUUUUUACUUUCUGACUCUUCCGUUAAGCAAACUAGAAGAACUGUACCAAGUUCAAUAACAUCAAGAGUGCAAUUAAAUUGUAUCAAUGUCAUAAAAAUAAAACUUACAAUUGGCCAAAAACCGAAGAAAAAAACAUUCUGUAAAUUGGGUUCCAAUUUGGAAUUGAAUCAUAUUAUUAAAGGAAAUGAAUUAAAGGAGCUCGUCGCAUUAUCUUCAAAUUCGUUACACGUGACUUUGAAAAUUAAACCACAGCAGAAGCAAAAAUCAAAAAUCAUUGGUUCACCAUCAAUGACAAAAACAUUAAAUUUCGAACCAUUUUUCAAUAAUCGCAGUCACAGUGAUGUUAGUUUUCUGAUUAAUGACAAUAAAUUUUAUGCGCAUAAAGUUAUACUUGCCUCAGCAAGUCCGGAAUUUGAGAGAAUGUUCUCACAUAAUAUGCAGGAGAAAAUCAUAAACAGUAUUGAAAUUAAGGACACGAAUUCAAAUCAUUUCAAGGAAUUAUUGCGCCACAUUUACAUGGGACGAGUGGAAAAUUUACAAAACAUUGCCGUUGAUAUCUUCAAAUUGGCUAUUAAAUAUAAUGUCGCUAGUUUGCAACAAGUUUGUGAAAUUCAUCUCGAAAAGAAUUUCUCCAUUAACAAUGCAAUUAGUAUUUUUGAACUUGCCGAUUGUCAUAAUUCAUUGACGCUAAAGGAGAAAUGCAUUGAAUACAUUGAUAAAAAUUUCGAACAAAUCAAAAAUACUGAAGCAUUCAAAUCACUAAAGAGUGAAUUAUUAGUUGAUUUUGUUUGCGCUGUGCGAAAUAAGCGACCACGUAUUUCGUAAUUUUACUUUCCUCCACAAACGAAAGUUUUAUUUCCAAAAAAAAAAAAAAAAUUUUUUUAAUUUUUUAAAAUAAAGGAAAUAUUUAAGUAUUAAAAUUUUAUCGUUAUCGGAAAAAAUGUAUUAUACGUUUGCAUCGUUACAUUGAGAAAAUUGUAUUUGAAAUACAAUUAGGUCUUCUUUUUUUUUACAUUAAAUAUUCGUAUUGUUACAUCGACGCUUUUUGUUUUAUCACAUAAUUAAAGAAGAUUGUUUCACUUCGUGAUAUUUGAUAGUUUAACGUUUGAAAAUAGUAAAACUAUUGUAGAAUUAUAAAGAAAGUUCUAUUUUGUGAUAGGAAAAACACUUUUAGAUAGAAAACAAUUUUUUUACUUCAAGAUAAAAAAAACUUUAUACGUAAAGAAAAAUUGUUAAUGUGUAGGAAAAUGUUUGUAACUUUUCUACAAUUAAAAUAAUUUUUUCUUUAA